AUGGAGCUUGAAGAAGAGAUGUCUCGUGACAAAAAAGCACUGCUCGAAGAAUUCGAGCGGAGACGCAAAGCUCGGCAGCUAAAUGUGUCUACUGACGAUGAUGAGGUACGCAGAAGUCUUCGUCAGCUCGGUGAACCGGUGUGCCUCUUCGGUGAGGGUCCGGCUGAGAGGAGAGUCCGUUUGAGGGACUUGCUUAGUUAGUAAGUACAUUAAUUCGUUCA